AUGGAUACAUCAAAUGAAUCAUUGUUGGAAAGGGAUGGUAGUUUUCUAACUGCUGAAAAGUAUUUGGAUGAGAGAAUGUUUGUCAAUAUUCUGGGGUUUCUCAAAAUUGAUAAUGAAGAGGAACGAGAGGAAAUAUUCACUUCGGAAUUACCUGCUGAAGUUUUGGAUGACAAAUUUACCUUCAUCAGAAUGGAAGAACCAAUUCAAAGAUCGAAAUCUGUUUGCUCUUCGCCAACAUCUCCUCAGAAAGUUGAGCAGAAACCUCCCCGAAUCACCAAACCAACCAUGAAGGAAAUAUUGGAUGGAAGUUAUAAUAAGAAAAUUCAAAAGGAGGCAUUGAAGAGAAAUCCAAUUUUGCUCUUAUCAAAGAAUACAUCAGAUUUGUCUCUUGAGGAUGAACCUACAAUGUCAAUUGAGGAAAUUGUUGAAGCAGAAAUUAAUGUAGAACUUGAAAGGUUAAAAUCAAAAAAGAAGAUAGAAAUUGAGAAAGAAAUUGCUCAAAAUACCAUCUCUGGUGAGAGCCCAGAGAAGGAAGAGAAGGAAAAUAUAAUAUACUUUACUGAGGAUCCGUACAGAUUCAUUAAAAACAAGAGGGAAUCUCAAACAAGAAAUGAUGGAAAGAAAAAGUAUGCACAAAGAGAGGAGAUUGGAACUAUCAAAUCGGUGCUGUUGAAUCAAUUUGAAUUGACAAAUGUUCUUACACACCAAUUGAAUGAAUUGAAAAGGAAGAAACAAUAG